GCUCUUCUGUGCGAUCGUUGGUGCGGCGGGCAGUGCGUUUCCUGUGGACAUUGACGCGGGUCAGUCGGUGGGAGACUUGAAGGACGCGAUCAAGGCGAAGAACCCGGCGACUAUCACGUGCGACGCCAAGGACCUGCAGCUCUUCCUGGCGAAGGAGGACGAGGGCCGCGGCCCGUGGCUGACGCAUCUUGACGUGCUGGAAGGUGUGAGUGACACUAGUGGCUACAAACAUCUACAGUUUACAGACGCGGAGUUACGAGAUGUUGGACUGGAUGGUGGAGAUCUGGGCGAAGUGAGUCGUGCAGAAAAAGCUGCUGGAAAAGGUCACGUCCACGUGCUGGUGGUGGUUCCGGAGCAAGAACACGCACAAACUGAAUUGUGGCUUGUCACUGGAUCCGUUGGCAACGCGCUGAACACGAAAGGGAUUCGCUGCAGGCUGUACCGACUGGCGGGGUCAUGCCUUGGAUACUACGAUCCCAACCUUCGUGCUGGCGAAACCGACAAGGCGCUGUGGUAUGAUGAGGUGAUGUUGCGGAUCCAUGUUCUUUUCAAAGAAGAGAGGGAUGCUUUGCUAUUUGAAAACGAACUGCAGACCGAAGGUAUCAAGCAAACUUCCCCACUCGAUGGCCACACGAUCUCGACGACUGUGGCCCCAGUUUCUCGGGAGUUAAGCGAACUGCGACGCAUCUUUGCCAUGCAUUAUGUUCCAGAUGAUACCGAGUCCCCUCAAGUCUCAAUGACGACUUUCUCGUCCAACACCUCGAUCGUUGACGUAGCGACUGACGAAUUUAAGUACCAGCGUAUCGAGAGUGAAGAGUGGUUCGGGUCGGUGGGGAAGGCACAGAGCUGCCAUGUGAUGUCCAGAGAGCAUUGCCUGAAAUAUCCAAGCUACAAGAAAUAUGACAACGACCCAAGCAAUCGUCUUGCUCUUUCUGCAGAAAUGCACGAGUGGUUUGAUGCUCGGUCCUAUGCGGUGCCGACGAUGAAAAUUUCCGUCGAGUCCACAUCUGAAGGAUUUGUAAUCGGCAACAGAUACAAGGUCGAUUUGGUUGUGCGCGCGUGGAAUGCUGGAUUCGCAAGACUUCUCUCGCUGCGUUUGAAAGAAGGCUUUGCUGUGUCGGAUGAUGGCUUGGAGAUGCGAACAUCCAUCUACGUACAGAACAAGAAGGUGUUUUGCGACUGCAUGGAGUGGAAGCGCAAAGAGAUAGAGAAGAAGUGGAGAGAGCACGAGGAUAUGGCACCUGCUGUGGACUGACUGCACCACGCGUAAGAUCCUAUUGACUUCAAUUUCAAUUUGCUUUUCAUCCUAAUAAAUAUAAAGUUACUAAUAUAC